AUGCUUGACCAAUUGCCCGCCGAGAUUCUAGAAGAGAUAAUUUACUAUCUGAUCGAUCUGGAUGCCAAAGAGCGCGAAAAGGCACGUCAUCCAUACAAUGGAAAAUGUGGAACAGCACUCUCCUUUAUGGCACUAUCUCAUGUCAAUUCAAGACUGAGGAAGAGCUGCGAAUCUUUUCGCUGGAAGACAAUACUCUUUUUGCGAAAACAAAGUCGUAAGGUGAAUGCGGCUCAUACAACUCUGUAUCCUCCAACCAGACACGUUCGUGCGAUUCAAGCUACAGUACCUCUGUUGGGCGACAAUGAUGACAUUGAUCAGAGGUGCUUCAAAUAUUUCCAUCAUCUGGAAGCAUUCCUAGAUAAAUUCUCUCAAAACCGUGUCAAGCAUAUACGUCUUUACACUCCUUCUUCUCUUCCGCUUGACAAACUUGCUUCGCUCAGUAAUCCCGAAGACUCUAUUGGUAGACAUCUCAACAACGCUCACCGAAAAAUACUGUCUUCCUUGGUUCAGUUUCCCCUUCUGACCUCGUUGGAGAUUAACGGUGCGUGCUUCAAUUUCGGGGCUCAUAAUGAUAUUGCUGAGUGCGUUUCUCAACUUCCUAAUCUGGUCCGAUUCCGAGCGACGAGUUCAUUACCUAUCGCGAUCGAUACUAUGAGUCAUAGCAUCCAGCUUGGUGAGUCAUUGGCUUCUCUUUGCUCAUUGGAAUACCUCGCUCUUCAGAAUUUACAAUAUCCAGAUUCGACUUGGGCCGAUCUCAACUGGAAGGGACCUUUAAAGUUUUUGUUUAUAAGUGACUGCUGGAACAUCAAAGAUGAUGCACUUUACAGGUUCAUAUCGAAAUUCGUGACCUUGAAGAAAAUACGCCUUCUACGUCAAGAGAUGUCACUUUCGCCUGGAUUUUUACACAGUUUUCCGAUCCUGUUCCAGGCGUUGGAAAGCUUCACGUUCCUAGGAAUUAGCUUCGAGAAUCGCAUCUUUGAGAUCUUAUCAAGGGCCACCAAGCUUGAAAGAUUACACGUACAUCUAUAUGUACCUGAGGACAUUCUUCAAGGCAUGAUUAGCUCUAUUGACGAGAACUCUUGGCCAAGCUUAAAGGUUAUCAUCUUUUCAAGAGUAGAUCCUAAGAAUGAACAAAAAAUCUUUCUUGAAAAUUGGUGUCUCGAAAGGCAAGUAAAGAUCAAGUUUCAUUCUUGUUUGAGUAUAGAUUCGUUGGAGGAAGAAGAAGACCUUGUAGAUGAUGCUGACUUGACUGAUGGAUCGGAUACCGAAGAGAUAUCUGAUGUUGUGGCGGACGAUGAUGAACAGUUUGAUACGCUUAGCGUGACGUCGACAGCGGAUUCGGAUGAUAGUGAGUUGAGCACACCGGAAGAUUGGACGUGUCCAAGUUGGAUUAGAGAUCAUGAGUAG